ACAAAAUCGCCGGCAGUGAAGUAGAGUGAAAGUUGACUUUUCUUUUUUUUUUAUAAGUAACAGGGCUGUAUCAAGGUUAUUUUUAAUUUCCUCCAAUAUGUUUGGAAGGAAAUAAACCAAAAACCUUCUUUUCCAACGCACACUUCGACCAGGAUGGGGCUUGAACGACGAGCUUACAACCCUAAGGAAUUUUUAUUUGAUCCGAUUUUAUUGAAGGACCUUGAUUGGGCUUCAAUCAGGGGUUAUUUGUCCCCUUUUAUCACCAAUGAAGCCCCCGGAGAAUCAUGGCUUUGCGUCCGGCCCUUACAAAUCGAGGAUUUUGAUAAGGGCUAUUUGCAGAUUUUGACCCAAUUGACCUCAGUGGGCAACGUGAGCCGACUUGAUUUUGAACGUCAAUAUUGGAAGAUGCAACAGUCUGGGGGUUACUAUAUCACUGUGAUUGAGGACACUCGGAGUAAAAAAAUCAUCGGUGCGGCUACUUUAGUCACCGAAUUUAAAUUUAUUCACAAUUGUGCGUUGAGAGCACGAUUGGAGGAUGUAGUUGUGAAUAAUACGUAUAGAGGGAAACAGUUGGGCAAAUUGAUUGUCCUCACUGUGAGUCUCUUGGCGAAAAAGUUGGGGUGUUAUAAAAUGUCGCUUGAUUGUAAAGAUGCACUUAUACCGUUUUAUAAGUCAAUUGGGUACAAGUUGGAGCCUGGAAAUGCCAACUCGAUGAUAAUCCGAUAUGAGGAUGAGAAACCGUCUUGACAAUUAGCCGCCAGUGUUGCCAAUACCAAAUCCAAAUUGUAGUAUUUUGGUAGCACUGGCGCUUCGGAAAUUUUGGUUGUGGUACUACUGACUUAAUAAAUGUUUUAUUGAA